GGAGAGGAGCGUCAAGCCACGGGAGGCUUUGAGGAGCCCCUUCCCAAAGGAAGGCUCCUGAGCUUCCUGCUGUUGCCCGGUGGAAACACGGAUGGGGGGGGGAGAGCCGCCUUGACAGCAGCGCCCCCAUCCCUCGUGCGACGGCUUCCUUUGGGAGACCCAGCGGGUGCCGAGACCGUGCCGGCCAGGUCUCUGAGGUGGCAGGUUUUGUUGGGCUUUGGCUUCUGGUUCUGUCCCUUCAAAGCCCUUUGGAUGGUCUUCGCUGGUUUUGCCGGUGGCUCCUUUCCCCAAGAUCUGCUGAUACAAGGCAGGCGAGAAACGCUUUUAAUAAAUGAGUGGAUGCAAACUUUGCGUGCACCUUCACCACGCUUCCUGGCAGCUGCUGGGCGAAAUUUGGAGAGUACAUGGCAGAAAUCUAAAUACUGGAAGUAGGAAAGUGGCAUUUCUGUUAAAAGGCGAGAUUCACAGAGACACAAGGAAGUCCACGGAGAAAUCCAGGUGGCUCAGGUGUAAAGGGCUUCCCCCUCUCCUCCCCCCCCCCAGUGAGGUCCAAAAAGGAAGCUGGCCGCUCUGAAACUCCGUGGCUCGAGUGCAAGCGUUGCGCUCUCCAAACCCUGAGCAGGCCAGAGGGUUUUAAAGCCAUGGCUUUCCUCCCCUUUGCCCGAAGAGGAGGGGCCCGGCUUGGUGGCGUCAGAUUCCAGAACCGGUUCUGUUGAGGUUUCGAGCCCUCGGUUGUGGAACGGGAGGGCCGGAAGGCCGAGAGCCCCCGCCCUCCUCUACCGAGAACCUGAAGAAGUGCCCGUUCCCCUCUUUGCCCACAGGCUGCAUGGCCGGCGGCUGGCAAUGGGAUGCCCGCCCGGCUGGGGGACUGUGAGAAGCGACCCUCCGUUUCCUGCGACCCACGGCAGCGGCUCUGGUGGAGGGUGUCGCCGUCUGGACCCCAAGUGAGACGAGGCGGCCAGAGGCCAUGUCUGCGGUCACCUCGGCCGUCCAGGUGCCGCCGGGCCCCGCCAACCCCCCGCCCCCGGAGGUCACCAACCCGGGCAAACCCGGCCGGAAGACCAACCAGCUGCAGUACAUGCAGAAUGUCGUGGUCAAGACGCUGUGGAAGCACCAGUUUGCCUGGCCCUUCUACCAGCCGGUGGACGCCGCCAAGCUGAACUUGCCCGAUUAUCACAAAAUAAUCAAGAACCCGAUGGACAUGGGGACCAUCAAGAAGCGGCUGGAGCACAAUUACUACUGGAGCGCCAGCGAGUGCAUGCAGGAUUUCAACACCAUGUUUACAAACUGUUACAUCUACAACAAGCCGACCGACGACAUCGUCCUGAUGGCGCAGGCCCUGGAGAAGAUCUUCCUGCAGAAAGUGGCCCAGAUGCCCCAGGAGGAGGUGGAGCUCUUCCCCCCAGUGCCGAAGGGCAAGGCGCGCAAGACGGCAGCCGGCGCCCACAAUGCAGGUCACGCGCGGGGCUCUAGCAGAUUGGACGUGGGGGUGGGAAACCAGGGGGCCCCCAAGACCUGCUUUCUGAAUCUGAAGGCCGUCGUCCGUUUCCUGGACUUCCAAGGGCUCGUGCGGGUAGCCGAGGCGGCCGACCGCCGUGGCCGGCUCUUUGAUUCCUGUUUGCCUUCGGUUGCGUUUCAGAAAAAGGGGGUGAAGCGGAAAGCGGACACGACCACCCCCACCACGUCGGCCAUCACGGCCAGCCGGAGCGAGUCGCCCACCCCGUUGUCGGACUCCAAGCAGGCCAAGGUGGUGGCCCGGCGGGAGAGCGGGGGCCGCCCCAUCAAGCCCCCCAAGAAGGACCUGGAGGACGGGGAGGUGCCCCAGCACGCCGGCAAGAAGGGGAAGCUGUCGGAGCACCUCAAGUACUGCGACAGCAUCCUCAAGGAGAUGCUCUCCAAGAAGCACGCCGCCUACGCCUGGCCCUUCUACAAGCCGGUGGACGCCGAGGCCCUGGAGCUGCACGACUACCACGACAUCAUCAAGCACCCCAUGGACCUCAGCACCGUCAAAAAAAAAAUGGACAGCCGAGAAUAUCACGAUGCUCAAGGUUUUGCAGCGGAUAUUCGGUUAAUGUUCUCUAAUUGUUACAAGUACAACCCUCCCGACCACGAGGUGGUGGCCAUGGCCAGGAAGCUUCAGGAUGUCUUUGAGAUGCGGUUUGCAAAGAUGCCCGACGACCCGGCCGAGCCGCCGCCUCCCCCCCCUCCGCCGGCCGCCCCCGUGGUCAGCAAGAGCGUGGAGAGCAGCCACAGCAGCGAGGAGAGCUCCUCCGACUCGGACAGCUCCGACUCCGAGGAGGAGCGCGCCACCCGGCUAGCCGAGCUCCAGGAGCAGGACCGCUCCGGCUCUUUGAGGCAGAGGGUCAGAGACUCCCGAGGAUGGAAUGGAUGGAAUCUGAAGGCGGUCCACGAGCAGCUGGCGGCCCUCUCGCAGGCGCCCGUGAACAAGCCGAAGAAGAAGAAGGAGAAGAAGGAGAAGGAGAAGAAGAAGAAGGAGAAGGAGAAAGAGAAAGAGAAGCAGAAGGUCAAGGCCGAGGAGGAGAAGAAAGCCAAGGCGGCCCCCCCGGCCAAGCCGGCCCAGCCCAAGAAGGCCCCCGCCAAGAAGGCCAACAGCACCACCACCGCCAACCGGCCGCCGAAGAAGGGCGGGAAGCAGGCUCCGGCCACCUACGACUCCGAGGAGGAGGAGGAGGAGGAAGGCCUGCCCAUGACGUACGACGAGAAGCGCCAGCUCAGCCUGGACAUCAACCGCCUGCCGGGAGAGAAGCUGGGCCGGGUGGUGCACAUCAUCCAGUCGCGGGAGCCCUCCCUGCGCGACUCGAACCCGGACGAGAUCGAAAUUGAUUUUGAGACCUUGAAGCCCACCACGUUGCGGGAACUGGAGAGAUACGUCAAGUCCUGCCUGCAGAAGAAGCAGCGGAAGCCCUUUUCGGCCGGCGGGAAGAAGCAGGCGGCCCGGUCCAAGGAGGAGAUGGCGCAGGAGAAGAAGAAGGAGCUGGAGAGGCGCCUCCAGGACGUCAGUGGCCAGCUCCACAACAACAACAACAACAGCAACAGCGGCGGAGGUGGUGGUGGCAGCAACAAGAAGCCUGCCAAGAAAGAAAAAUCCGGCUCGGCCCCGUCGGGAGGCCCGUCCCGUCUCAGCAGCAGCUCUUCCUCCGAAUCCGGGAGCAGCAGCUCCAGCGGCUCCAGCUCCGACAGCAGCGACUCUGAGUAGACCACAGACUCCUCGUGAACGCCCUUGGACAGCCGACGGAGGCCUCGCAAACACCUGCCACCCCCACCUCCACCCCCCGGAACUGUGCUGCCUUGCCCUGGGGCUUGACUCUCCUCUUUUUAUAUUUUUAUUUUUGAAAUCUCCUGCUCUGCCCCACUUUCCCCUCCAGUCUUUAAAUAUUUUUUAAAAAGGCUUCAGUAUCCUAAAAAGAUAAGUUCCUAAAUUAAUUUCUCUCCCCCCGCCCCACUUUUAGGAGGUUAACGAUUGUGAGCGUGUGCGUGCGUGUGAGUGAGACUAGACUUGAUGGCAUCUCCCCUUAAAAGUCUCUAUACUUUUUUGAAAAAUUGAAAAAGUUCUGCUUUGCCAAGGAGAGGCUGAAACGUCAGAGGAACUUCUGGAGAGAAAGGCUGACCAGGUGACAUUUCUACUGGGGAAAUUGUCCCAUUUUUUUAAAGUUUUAUUUUUAUUUUUUGAUGCAGCCGGAAAGUGGCUUUUCCUCUUUAGGACACAACACGAAGCAGAGACAGUGGGUGGAAGGGGAGAGCCUUCAAGAGAGGGGGCAGGGAAGGAGGUGGCCACUCUCUGUAAAACGGUACGGUCUCCGAGCGAUGUUAGCUUUUGAAGUAGUUGAUGUGUUCGUUCUUAGCAGUAGAAAUCCUAACCUCUGUGGGCUCAGUCCGGCCGGGGCGCCCCUUCUUUCUGCACCAGAGGGUUCCCCGUUUGGAAGCAGGGCCGACGGCGCAGAAGAGAAAAACAGCUCCCGUUCACGGCAAGGCAGCGGGAGGGGAGCGUUGCAGAGAAGACCUUUGGCGGAUUGGGUCCUCCGUCUCUGCAUUGUGGUGAAGACCAUUCUCCCCCCCCCUUUUUUUUAUAAAAAAAACACGUAUAUAUAUAAAUAGGUAUACAUAUAUAUAUAUAUAUAUGA